CUUCCUCCUUAUCUGUCUCUCUCUCUUUCCAUCUCCAGAAACACUCUUGUUUUUAUAAAUUUGUGAUCUUUCUUUCUCUCCUUAACCUUCACCCUAUCGACCUUAUCCUGCACUCGAUCUCUUACCUUGUGCUAAUCUUUUCAUGGUAGCAAACCCCAUCUUGAAACCAAAUACUAGAGAAGAAGACGACGGAGGAGAGGUGAAGGCUAAAACGGUAAAAAAAGAUCCCCACUUUCCCAUUUCUUUCACCAUCCAUUAGCCAUUUACAGUUUGUGAUUAGCUGUGAGAGCGACAAAGUUCAUGGAGGUUUUGGUGGGACCCACUUUUAGCAUAGGCGGCGAUGUUUCCUCAAAUGGGUCGUCGUUCGUUGUACCUCCACCACCGCAGGAGAAGCACCAGGUGGGAGUGGCCCCGCCGUUCUUGUUCUUGAAAGAGGAAGAUGGUGAUGGUGAUGAGAGUCCGAUCUCGAGCCGGGGCGGGUCGGGUAUACACACGGAUGAUUUAUCUGAGAGUUCUUCGUCAAUCGGAGCUCCGGAUGACAGUGAAGAAGAAGAAGAUGACGACGACGACGAAGAAGAUGGUGUCGUUUCUUCGAAAAAGAACAACGUUUUGGGCUCUUUGAAUUCUUUAGAAGAUGCUCUUCCUAUCAAGAGGGGAUUAUCGAAUCAUUUUUCAGGGAAAUCAAAGUCAUUUACAAAUUUAUCAGAAGUGAAUACAGUAAACACAGUGAAGGAAUUGGAGAAGCCAGAGAAUCCAUUUAACAAAAGGAGGAGAAUUUUAAUGGCAAAUAAAUGGUCAAGGAAAUCUUUUUACAGUUGGUCAAAUCCAAAAUCCAUGCCUCUCCUCGCUCUGCAUGAAGAUGAUGAUGAUGAUGACGACGACGACCCAAGAUUAGGAGCAGCACAAGCACAAGAUCAAGAAAACAAGGAAAACCCAUCUGGUGAAGCACUUACACAAGGCAUCAUAGCAAGAAAAUUGCACGAGAGGAGGUUUGCUAAGUUUGGUAUGAAGUCUCAAAGUUGCUUCUCCCUUUCAGAUCUGCAAGAAGAUGAAGAAGAUGAUGAUGCAUAACCCCCCAACAACAAUUUAUUUUAUUUUUACCUUAAUUUAGUUUAGCUUUAUUUUGUUUUCUUCUCCGAUUUACAAAGUUUUUAAUAAAAAACCUAUAUCUUCAAUGCA